AUCCAAAACAUAUGAACACCAUUAUCUAGUAAUUUUUUUUUUUUUGGAAGAUAGGCAAUGAAAUUAUUCUACCAAUUUAUUUUCUGAAAACAGUAAGAAAAGGCAGGGCCUGCCAUUUUGUAGCAGGCCGCCCUGCCAGGCCCACGUAAAAUGGCGCGGUUAAGGCGGCAAAAAAUCCAAAUUCCGCCAUCGGGCAAAAACGGUGCGUUCCGUGGGACCUAAUGCCAAGCUCCCGAGCGCCGGUGAUUCUCCCUUUUCAAAUCCAUUCCAGGCGUUGCAGAGCAAAGCUCGAUAGCUCGGUUCUCUCUCCGAUGGAGCAAAGACUGAAAGACUCGAUCGGAAUCGAACAAUUUCUCCAAGACAACAAACCACUCUCUCCCCAAGCGAUGGCUUCCAUUAGAUCCCUCAUCGUCAACCCUCACACCUCCGAUCCCAUGCUCUCCUCAGUCCUCGAAACCCUAACUCGUUCUCUUCAAAUCGGCGGCGACUCGCUCUAUCUCCACCACACUCUCAAGCUCCUCACCGACCUUGCUUCUCACCACCCUAACCUCUCUGCUCCAAUUCUCGAUUUGCUUCGUUCCAACUCUCUCCUCUCCUCCGAGUCUCCUGGCCUCGCCACUGAGUUUGUUUCCGCAAUGGCUUCAAUUAGUUCGUCGGUAAUCGAGGUUGAGGAGGCGAGUUUCGUUUCACUCUGCUUUGGUCCUUCGGUGUCUGCACGAAUGUGGUUACUAAGGAAUGCGGAGAUGUUUGGAGUGAGGAGAUCUGUUUUGCUGGCUGUGUUGUUAGGGUUUACCAGGGAUCCGUAUCCGUAUGUGAGGAAAGCAGCUCUUGAUGGACUGGUUAAUCUGUGUGAGAACGGUGAUUUUGAGGAUCGUGAUGUGGUCGAAGGAUGCUGUUGCUGUGCCGUGGAGUUGCUGCAAGACACGGAGGAUUGCGUGAGGUCUGCUGCUGUUCGUGCUGUUAGAGUAUGGGGUAAAAUGCUGGUAGCAUACAUUGAAGAGAGUAAUAAAAUAGACUGCUCAGAUGCAAUCUUUAUCCAGAUCUGCUCUAUGGUAAGAGAUAUGAAUGUGGAAGUCAGGCUUCAAGCUUUUGAUGCCCUUGGGAAGAUAGGACCUGUCUCUGAGGAUAUUUUGUUACAAACCUUGUCUAAGAAGGUGUUAGGGAUAACGAAAGAGAAAAAAUCUAGUAGGUAUUGCCCUAUGGAAUGGCUGGAAAUUCCAGCAUCAAAUGCUGCUGGAAUUAUUGUACAUGGGCUUGAGGAUGAAUUCUAUGAGGUACGAAUGUCUGCCUGUUACUCCUUGCGUACUCUAACUGUCUUCUCUGCCAAAUUUGCCGGUGAAGCCUUAAACCUUUUGAUGGACAUGUUAAAUGAUGAUUCAAGGUCUGUCAGGCUCCAAGCUCUGGAAACAAUGCAUCAGAUGGCAACCUGCGAUCAUCUAAAAAUGGAAGAAACACACAUGCAUACUUUUGUUGGGACCCUUUUUGACAACAAUGCUUUCAUAAGAUCUGCAGCAAGGAAAAUACUUAAAAUAGUAAAGCUUCGAAAGUUGAAAUUAUUUAAACAGUGUAUUGAUAGCCUUCUUGCAAAUCUGGAGACUUAUCCUCAGGAUGAAGUUGACAUCUUCUCUGUUCUGUUCUAUACUGGGCGAAAUCAUGGAAACUUCACAGUUCACAUCAUUAUGGAGGUUUCUAAAGAGAUAGAGCCGGUUUUUAGGGGCAAACUGAGCCUAGACAGUCCAAGAGUAGCUGCAUUUCUAGUAUUGGCCAUCUCAGCUCCACUUUCUCAAGAAAAGAUGGCCAACCGCAUUCCACCUAGCAUAUUCUCAUAUGCAGCUACAUUGCUUGGGAGGAUCUCUCAUGCUUUAAGUGAUGUUAUGAGCAAGGAUACCCUUUUGGUUUACUUAUCUAAGUGCAGCCAAUCAUCGGAUUUUUCUCUUACAGACUUUGAAAGGGAAGGGCUAUCAUUGCCUGCAUUGGGAAGUGAUGCCCCACCACGUACCUGUUUAGAGACUAGUAGCUCUGUUAAGAUGCCCUUAUUGGAUAUAGGCAACAAGGCCUCUGAAGUUCUAUCUCAGAAAUUGCCGGCACUAAGGGAGUGGUCAACUUCACAUGUGGUGUGCCAACAGAGGGAGCUUGAUGAAUUAAGAAAGUUUGUGAACAUAAUCUUUGGGAAGGUCAAUGACCUUUGGUUGUUGGUACAAUCUGGAUUCACAACUGAAGCUUUGAAGACUUUAAGGACUUGUAGGGAAGAAGUGGGAACAUUCCCCAAAGAGUCCCCUGGAUCUGCUGGCAUGUUAGCAUUUACUGAGCAAUAUAUCCGGGUUGUGAAACUGCUCACUGAAGUGUGGCAGCAUCUUGUGCCUACAAGAAAGAUCAGAUCUUAUGGAAUGGGAAACCUGGAGAUUAUACUGGAAAAAUUAGAUCGGAGGCUUAGAGAUAUGAGGAGUAGGUUUAUAGGGCUGUCCAUUGAAGAGGAGUUGCAAAUCUUGGACUUGACAGUUGUGGCUUGUUUAUUGAGGUUCUCUAAAGUGGAGUUUUGCUGCUAUCAUAAUACCUUGAAGAGGCUAUCUUCUACAAUUUCCCGUGUUGAAUUUCUCUAUAAGAAAGGAUCUCUUGACCCUUCCAAUUUUUUAACUGAAGUGAAGAAAUCAUUGCAUGAAAUUGGCACUUACAUCGGUGGUGGUCCAUGUAAGUCAUUUGUCAUCAGGAGGUUGCUCAAUUCCUUCUCCCUAAAGCAGUUUUCUUUGUGUGGAAGUCCCAGGUACGCAAAUGCAGAACUGGAAGUUCCUGGUAAUGAUUCUGAAAAUCCUCUUCCAUUCGUUUCGGGAUUACCAGCCUGCAUCCCACUAGAGAUCACUUUUCACAACAUUUUAAAUGAGAAUAGGUUGUGGCUGAGGAUCACUUUGAGUGAGGAGUCAACUCAGUUUGUGUUUUUAGAUUUAAACCUAACUGGAGGAGGGAAUGAUGUUAGGAAGUUUACCUUUAUGGCCUCCUGCUAUCUAACCCCAAAUGUAGCAUCUUUCACAUUGAGGGUUUGCAUAGGUAUGGAAUGUUUGUUCGAGGAUAUUCAUCUAGCCAAAGGUUCUAGGGGUCCAAAACGUGAGCUAACAUAUAUUAGUCCUGAAAAAGAGAUUUAUCUCUCCAUGAGGCUAAAGACUGAGUAAAUCCAUUCAAUGUUGCUUCAUUACUGCAACUGGAGAAGGUACAGCAUCAACUUAUUGUAAUGAAGAUUAUGAUUAUUUCAGUCAAAGAGGUUAUCACUUCCCAAUAUAGCUGCUAUCUUUGUAUGGUAAUCAAAGUGGGUGUGUUGGACUGUACAACAGUACAAGUUUUGCCAUGUUGAUCAUCUUUAAAGGUAAUGCUUUGUUAUCUUCCUAUUUGGAAAAGUGAUCUCCUUGACAUGCUCUCAAGGUUGGCUGAAUCUCACGAGGUAAGUUGAAAUUGAAGAAUCUUGCUUGCACUUGACAUUGUCUGGAAAACCCUCUCCAGCAUCAAGUUUUCAUUUACUUAUUUGCUGGUUAUGCUAUAGAGCUAGAACAGCAAAAAACCCACAAUACCUAGGAGAGCUUCAGGGUCAGCUGCUGAAGUUUAAGCUUCCAAACGGAACAUUUGAGCUUCAAACCUUUUGGUUCAUGGUUUCUACAUUUAAUUCAAUCCUAUUUUCUGCUGGGAGAAAUAGAUCAUUUGUCUUUGUUUCUCACCAGUGCAUUUGUAUUCUGUAGCAUGCGAAGAAUGUAUAAUAUGUCUCAGUGGUAGCUUGAGAGCUGGAGCCUCCAUUGUUGGAGAUUUUGAAUUCAAAUCUUAGAAUGAAUGAGGAGGAUUUGGGAAGGAGAAGCUAUCUCUUGUUCUAUAGUUCACUAUGAGAUAUACCCAAAAAAAAAAAAAAAAAAAAAAAGGAAAAAUCGAGGAUGUAUAAUGACUGUUAGACUGGGAAAAUGCCAGCUGAUUGGAGGCAAAUGCUCACUUAAUCUUACGUUCUCUCUGAGCUGUGUAACUUUUGCUACAGAUUUGGCUUAGCGAGGCCUAAAACCAUGUUUCAAACCAGCAGUAAUUUGGUGAACUCUAGUAGAAAGCUUUUUUCUUGCAACUCACGUUGUUGGCCGACUGGUAAACCAGUGCCGAGUGAGAUGCACUUAACUAGGGUUCAAACCCUGUCAAUAGCA